AUGCUUAACGUUAUGGGUGAUGGCGGUGGCGGUAUUGUUGAUGGAGCCAUCUUAAUUGUUUCCGAUAAAGUUAUUCAUAAGUUGAUCGUAAGUUUGGUAGAAAUGGUCGGUAGAAAUGUUAGGAAAUUGAUGUAUUGGGAUAAAUUCAGUCAGACCCGAUGUCAAACUAAAUUGGGUUUAUAA